UAACAUCGAAUUCAAUGUCCAUAGAGAAAAAAAAAAUCUUUUUUUUUUGUUACUGUGUUUGGUCAAUGCCUUUUUUGGUUGUACAUAAAUAUUCAACCGGUGAACAAUAAAACCACACUUAUCGUAUGCCAAGUGGAUUCCACAAGGAAUCAAGACCAAUUUAUUUGUUUUUUUGCCCUUUUUUCUUAAUUUGUUUUGUGUAUCCAAUCUCCUUCUGUUAUCUGUUUUUCAAGUUUCUAUUACUAUAUAUUACACAUUUACAUUCCUCGAGCUCCUCCACUGUUGUUUGUCUCUCUCGUAGGUUUCGUUUUUUUUUUCUUCGCUGUUCCACCCAAGAAGAUGAAGUACAUUCGAAGCAACAGCUUCAAACGCAUCUUCUCCUUCAAAAGACGCAAUUUCAAUCCCGAAUCCGAGAUCGAAGAUGCUGUAAAAGCCGACAAGUUCUUCGAGGGUAACCAAGAAACGGAUCAGUUUCAGAGACCCACUUGGAAAUGUUUCUCCUUUGAGGAACUCUCUGAUGCCACCGAGGGUUUCAGCCCAGAGAAUUUGGUGGGGAGAGGAGGGUUUGCAGAGGUGUACAAGGGGGUAUUAGGGAAUGGAGAAGAGAUUGCUGUGAAGAGGAUAACGAGGGGAGGGAGAGAGGAGAGGAGAGAGAAAGAGUUUCUUACGGAGAUUGGGACAAUAGGACAUGUCUCACACCCUAAUGUCUUGUCUCUUGUUGGCUGUUGCAUCGAUAAUGGUCUCUAUCUUGUCUUCCCCUUCUCUUCCAGAGGAUCUCUCGCUUCUCUUCUACAUGAUGAAAACUCGAGACCUUUGGAAUGGGAAAGAAGGUACAAGAUAGCCAUAGGGACAGCAAAAGGGCUUCAUUACUUGCACAAAGGUUGUCAGAGAAGGAUCAUCCACAGAGACAUUAAAUCCUCCAAUGUCUUAUUAACCCAAGAUUUUCAACCUCAGAUAUCUGAUUUUGGGUUGGCAAAAUGGCUUCCUUCUCAAUGGUCUCACCAUUCAAUUGCACCAAUUGAAGGCACAUUUGGGCACUUAGCACCAGAGUACUAUAAACAUGGGAUUGUGGAUGAGAAGACAGAUGUGUUUGCAUUUGGAGUGCUGUUGCUUGAGCUCAUUUCUGGUAGAAAACCUGUGGAUGCUUCUCACCAAAGCUUACACUACUGGGCGAAACCAAUAUUAAAAAAAGGGGAAAUAGAGAAAAUUGUGGAUCCAAUGCUCCAAGGAGAGUUCGAUGUUCAUCAUCUUCAUCGUCUCGCUUUUGCUGCCUCUUUAUGCAUCCGUUCUUCUUCUUCAUCUCGACCUUCCAUGAUCCAGGUUUUGGAAGUGCUUCAAGGGGGAGAGAUAGAGAGAGAGAAGUGGAAAAUGGCAGAGGAAGAGGAAGAAGAAGAGAAGGAAGAGUUUUGGGGUUUGGAAGAUUUCGAUUCCUCUCUUUCUAAAGAAUAUUCUCACAGUCGUUAGAUAUUAUGUCGUAACAUCUCCAAAAUCAAUUUUUGUGUAUAAAAUAUCUACUUUUCAAAACUUUUAUUUAGUUGUUUUUGGUAUC